AGCACAGCCACAUUUUUACGCCUUCAUCCGCCGACCGUCGACGUCGACGACAACGACGAGGAAGACAUUCUCGUCUGACCAGACAAAGCCCUCCGCGGACGCGACAGGGCGGUGUAAAGCUGAGAAUGCUGUCACCGCUGCGCCAUCAGGCACUACGUGCCGCCCCGCGCUUCGUGCGCACCGUCACCUCUGGACCUACGACGACCGGGCAGGAUGCCCUUGGCGGCACGCAGAACGGCGAGCCGAGUGCCCUCCCAGGUGCUCUCCGCGCAAGCAAGCGCACGAAGCCCCGCAACCCCAGGGACGCCUUCCGCGCCGUCCUCGCCAGCAGCCGCGCCGCCGCCCAGCCCUCCGCGCCGCCCGUGCCCAGCCUGACCGACGCGCCGCCGCCCCCGCCCGAGACGCCCGCGUUCGCGUCCUUCGCGGACCUCCCCGAGGACGCCGCCGCCGCGAACCAGCCGCCGCUCAUGAACAUCCCCCCCGCGCAGGACCCGCUGCUGCACCUCUUCGCGUCGACGAUCCUCAGCCACGGGCACCGCGCGCGCGCCUCGCGCACCGUCUCGCGCGCGAUGCUGCACCUGCACGCGAUGACGCGCGCGCCCGCGCUGCCGCUCCUGCGCCGCGCGGUCGAGCUCGCCGCGCCCGCGUGCAAGCUCGUGAGCGACCGGCUCCUGCGCGGGACGAAGGUCGUCAUGCGCCCGCGCCCGCUGAACGAGCGGCAGCGGACGAAGCAGGCGAUCAAGUGGAUUGUGGAGGACAGCCUGAAGACGGUGCCCGGGCGGCACUUUGACCAGCGCCUGGCGAAGGCGAUCAUCAAGGUCAUCAACGGGGACAGCUCCGCGCUGGAGAAGAAGAGGUUGCAGCAUGAGGCGGCAAUGAACAACAGAGGGAACCUGGAUCGUUAGCUGUAGGGAUAGUGGUCAUCACUAUGAUAUACUCCACCCUUCCCGACUCCGUCCGAGCUCUCGAAUCAGCAUCCUGAGUAAGGGUAUGACCGUUCGAAGUCGCAGUAGGUGACCCAGCCAAAAUCACUAUCGCGAUGCCACUUCCCUCCUUCGCUCGUAGAGUUUUGUGAGCAAAUAGGUAAACAUUCAAUUGUCCAAUACCUACAGCGUGCACGGCAUGACUUCCUGCGGUGUCGGAUUGUGGGAGAGGGCGGCGUGCAUCAAGU